AUGUCAGCAAUGGAAAAUUAUACAAAAGGAGAAUCCAGGACUAUUUAUGAUCCGCCAAAACUCCAGAUGGAGGGAGCUGUUGAAAUGAAAGUGACCAAUGGAAGCAAAAUCCGCAACAUUAUGGGGUUUGCUCUCUCAUCCAUGACCAACAGUAAUGUCCGUCACAUGACUUGGAAUGGAACUGGAAAUGCUAUCAAUAAAACUAUUUCUUGUGUGGAGAUAAUGAAGAGAAAAAUUAAGGGUUUGCACCAGAUUACACAAGUUGGUUUUCUCAGAGUUGAAGAUUUAUGGGAACCAACAUUAGAGGGCCUUGACACGUUGAAGGUGAACACAAAUAUCCCAGCCAUAUCUAUUCUUCUGUCCAAAGAUCCAUUAGAUUUGUCCAAUCCAAGCUAUCAAGCGCCAGGAACUACGGAUAUUGUAUGGACUGGUGUUGCAGAACAGAGUCAGGGCAGACAGACUGGUUCCAAGAGAAAAUCAGCAGCGCUAAAGGAUGUAAAAACAGCGGCAUCAAAGCCAAAGUGGAACACAAGGGACAAAAAAGAUGGCAGUAAAGCACCCAGAAAACAAACAAGCAGUAAGAAAUCGGAUACUGCAUCAUGA